ACACCUCCGAGCAUUCUGAAGAUCGGAGUUCUCUACUUCCAGAGCACCUUUCAUCGCUCUCGUCUCCACCUGAACACCCCCAGCGCCUCGUCGACCACGCAAAACAACAGCGCAUACCUCCCAGGAUGAGCCGCAGCAACAGGAAGAGCUCUAGGGGCCUUGAUCUGAAGCUGAACCUCUCGCCUCCGGCAACAGGAGAUUCCUCCGGGAGGGCGAUGGCUGACGAGGAGUCAUCCCCGAGCUCCUGCCUGUCGUCGGAGAACGAGCAUGGCCUGCAGUGGUCCAACAGCCCUGAGGCGACGUCCAUGGUGCUUUCUGCCUGCCCUCGCUGCUUCAUCUACGUCAUGCUCCCCCAGGAUGACCCUCGGUGCCCCCAGUGCAAGAGCCCCGUGCUCCUUGACUUCCUGCAGGAUAGCAACAAAAAGAACAACAGCAAUAGCAGCAGGAGGAGCAGGGGGGGAUGAACAAUGAGGUUCCAUUUGGUGGUCCAGCAUCAAGAAAAAGCUCAAUAUGAAGUCCUAGGUCCAGUAGUUCUAUUUUGUCCGGUCAUUUCUUCAGUGUAACCGUGAUAUACCCGUACUAAAAUUGUGAAGCUACACCCAUGUGUUAGUAUCACAAUUUUGAUAUAUCACGGAUGCACUGGGGACUACAUCAUUUGUCCUCGUUUUCUUCUUUAGAGGCUCGAAAUGUAAUAGUUUUGUUUAGACAUAGGACCAGACUUCCUGUCUUGCUUUUUUAUUUCAAGAUAACAAGAAAAAGCUUGCCCCUAA